GCUUUUGUUCCUCUUUCCCUUUCGCUUUCUGCUUCCCUGAGAGUAGAGGGAAGCGCUUGUAAGAGACUAGCGAAGGGCGACGGGUGGCUGAUUCGAAGAUUAAGAAUGUUUAACGUCCAAUCCCGACUGACAAAAGAGGAGAAGAGGAGUCUGUCCUAUUUGGUGGGAAGCAAACAGUUUAGCCUUCUUUAUAAAGGAAGUGUUCAUGGCUAUAACGCUAAUGCAUUUCACAGCAUAUGCAACCGCCAGGGCCCAACUGUGGUUGUGGGAUACAAUGGAAGUGGUUAUAUUUUUGGAGGCUUUACCGUUGAGAGUUACACUUCCUCUGAGGGAUAUCUGAAUGACGGAAAAGCUUUCCUCUUCAGACUGAAAGGGAAAAAUGGGGAGCUCGGCCCUCUGAAAAUCCCAGUUAAAAUUGCCAAUCAGGCUGUGUAUGACCAUAGUCAAAAUGGUCCCAAUUUUGGAGACAGUGCCCUGAUAUUCCUGUCAGAAAAUGGUGCAGCAGUAGCCACAAAAGCUGGCAGUGCCACUUAUACCUUCUCUGCAGAAGACUUACAUGGCAAUGACCAGGUCCUUUCGGAAUGUGAAGUAUACCGAGUAGAAGAUGUUGGUGAUAUGAUGGAAAAGCCAUGGAGAAAAAUUGAAUGGACACCUGGGAAAAGAAAAGAACUGAUGAACCAAAUAGCAAGUUACAAGCCUCCCUUGAAUUCGGUGCAGCAAGUUCGAGUUCUGUUCCUUGGGCCGGUUGGAGCUGGGAAGUCCAGUUUUUUCAACUCUGUGAAUUCUGUGUUCCGGGGCUAUGUGACAAGUCAAGCCAUAGCAGGAUCAGAUUCUGGAAGUGUGACACUGCAGUACAGAACCUAUCAAGUGAAAAAUGGAAGCAACGGAAAGCCAUUACCCAUCACCUUCUGUGACACUAUGGGACUAGAAGAAAAACAAGGAGCUGGUCUGAAUAUUGAAGAAGUGGGCAAUCUGUUACAGGGACACAUUCCUGAUAGAUAUCAGUUUAAUCCAACUAUUGCUAUGCAGUCGGAUUCACUGGGCUACGUCAAAUGCCCAUCUUUGAAAGACCAGAUUCAUUGUGCCGUGUUUGUUAUUGACGGCUCCAAGGUUGAAAUCCUCCCUGAGAUGCUGGAAGGAAAGCUGAGAGAAAUCAGACAAAAAAUCAACAAGCUUGCUGUGCCACAACUUGUAAUAAUAACUAAAGUGGAUGCAGUUUGUCCUUCUCUUGAGGAAGACUUUUCAGAUGUGUAUAGAAGCCAAGCUGUCACGAGACAGAUGGAGGUAACAGCAGAAAGACUUGGAAUCCCUCUUUCCCAGAUAGUUCCUGUUAAAAAUUACUGUUCAGAAAUUGAACUUAGGGAUGACGUUGAUAUCCUUCUACUCAUGGCGGUGAGGCAGAUGUUGCGUUUAGCUGAAAGCUACUUUGAUAAUUUCCCUUUUGACUACACUCCCAAAAUUGAUUACUAUACUGAAGAAUGAUAUGUUCAUUGAAGCCUGUUUGAGUUGUAAUUUUUCCUGAAGAUUUGUAACAAAUCGAUGCUAGUCGUUAACUAACAUUUUUUUAAGUAAUAAAGGCAGAAUGAAAUGGCUAUCUACAGUAAUAUUGUUUACAUUUAACUUCCUUUUUUUGUUCAUGUGUGCUCUGUACAAUCAUCAUAUAAAGCAUAAUUGUUCCUUAUAUUUUACCAGGGAUAGUCAAUUUAAAUGUUUAGAUAUUUUUUCAUAAGUAACUAUGUCCAGUCAGUUAGGACUUAUGGUGAUCCUCCUAGAUUUUUCUCGGUACUGAUACUGGAGCAAAAUCAAACUAGAUUUUAGUAUAACCGUUAGCAGAGAAAACACAGGCCUCAGAGAAACUAGGCCCAAGAACAUUCACACAUAGCUCAGGCAAAUAGAGGAACGUUCACACAUCCUAUGGAAUGUCAUUGUCACACUUUUGUUUUGUCCAUCCUCCUUUUGAUCUGGCAGAUGGCCUGGUCCUGGAAUGCAGGCAAGAGGAAGCCAGCCAUGACAGGCCAAAAAUUCACACCAGGGAGUUAGAGAGUGAAGACCCAGGAAGCCUACCCAUAAACAUACCAACAGAUAAGAUUCUUUCCCCAACAUUCAGGCGCAUCUUGAGCAUAGGCCAAAGACACAUGGGCAUGCAAUCUGCAUAUCUAUAGGGAUCCAAUAGAUCAGCGUAGUUGGCAUCAUUACCCAAUGUGAGAAUGGAUCCAAACUUGGGGUACAAAUGACCAAUAGAAUUGUAGCAUUUUAUGACUCUUUGUUUGUAUCAUUAUAAAACAUAUGUACACUGUAUUUUCGGGAUCUUCUCUACUUUUAAGAGCAGUCCCAGCUGACCUUUUAUUU